CUGUUCCCUGGUAGUCGCGGCUGUUUAUAUAAUCUUCAAUGCUCCGAAGCAUUUCCCGAAGCCACAUGCAUUCAGCAAACAUGUACUUGUCCAUCACAUCUUCCUGCAGCCGUCGAUGGAACAUGUGCGGAACGAUGCGUUGCUGGUGAAGUGUACUCAAGUACUGCUGGACAGUGUAUUCCAGUUGUCAACCCUAAUGAGCUUUGUUUCUACUCUUCCCAGUGUCAGGCAGUCGAACACACAAUGACAUGCGACAGUGGCUUCUGUCGUUGUCCAAAUGGAUUGGUUUUCGCUGGAACGCAGUGCUCGCAGUCGUGCCCCAUUGGCUACAUGGCCAAUAAUAAAGGGAUUUGCACCCGCGGUUGCCAAGGAAAUCAGAUUGAAGUGGGCGGUGAAUGCCUCAAUCAUGCUGUUGCUGGUCAGCCUUGCCGUGUUCAAGCUCAAUGCGUUGGAGGGUCAAGCUGUCUAAGAGGACGCUGUGCUUGCGCUCAAGGAACUAUUUUCAAUGGGAGCAUUUGCAUCUACGGUACCACGGUGCCAACAGUCGGCUGAGAAAUUCGGCUACUCAACUUUCUUACGCGGGACGGAAUCAAUAACUGUUUAUAGUCAGAAGCCUGUGCAUUAGAUUAAACUCAAAUUGUACAAAAGUCGAGUAUCAUUAUUUCGUUGCUCCAAUGCGACUCGAAAAUCAAGCAUUGGUUUGACUUUUUUGGGAGUGUAUGAAUUGAAGAUACGAGGUUUCACAUCUAGUCAUUUUGUAUAUCGCACUUUAGAGGUUGAAGAUGUGUUGGGUACAAAGUCAAUGUCUUGUCUUCGUACCUGUCUGUGAUGAAUGCUCAAAGGGAGGGCCCAAAACUUAGAAUAUACCUACUUCGUUGCGUCAACUAAGUGCUAGU